AUGCUGAGGCUGGGAGAUGCUGUCAGGAGUAAACUCAAGGGGCCGCCGCUGCGUAGGCAUUCGGAGAAAGCCUUGCGGUUGGGAAGAAGUGAAGGUGCUGACGAGGGAAGUAUCCUGGCAGUGGAGAACAGUGUUGCACGUCGUCGAACAGAAGCUUUGAAUCUGUACAAGGGGAAGAUCAAAGGACUCACAGGAAAUGGCCACAUUCGCCGUAAACCGGUGAACGGCAGUAAAGCACCCGGCAUACACCAAGACGCGCCUCUUCUCAGCGGUUUGACAGACCCUCUUAUGGCAGAGAGCGCGGAGCAGAGUGACAAUGACUCAGCGUUUGGAUCGUUGACCAGGUCUUUUGCGAGCGCGGUUGACAAACUGGACUUUUCCUCGUCCCUCCCCUACAACGUCCCCUUUCUCAGAUCCAGAUCAUCCUUCUUCAGCGCAAAGAAGGACAAAGACAAAGACGGGGGUGAACGUGAAGAAAAACGACAAGUCUCAGGCGCCUCGUCUGCAAUGCGGUCCCCGUCAGCAAGUCUCCCCUCGUCGUCGCCCCCGGCGCCUCCCUCCGACAGGGCACCCGCGCCCGCGCCCGCGCCACCUGACCAAACUGCACCAGACCAUCAUGCUUCUCAGAGCGCUCCAUCGACUGGCCUUGUUUUUGCAAGCGAGAAAAACCCAUACGUGCUGCCCGAGGCACCCGAUGGACAUCUGAUUCACGGUAAUCCUUUGCGAAUGCACCCUCCCUUUGGCAUGGCCACCACCCCUUCGCAUUCACUGCGAGCAAAUCAACGCAUCAACGACCAUCAAUCGGCCUCACCCACCCCACGAAUUGAGAUACCGAGGAGAGAGAGUGAGGAUGAUGACGACGACUCCCUCUCUCUUGAGGAUGCUCCAAUCUACUCUCCCUCUCUCGGUGAUCUUAGUCAGUAUGCCAGAGACACGCCUGCUUCAAAAGCAACGUACAGAUCAGAGCCUCAGGGAUCGAGAGUUGUCGAUGCGGUAUCGAUUUCCACACCCACGCCCACUCCCACGAGAAACACCCCGACCGGCAGGCAGCAGCGUGGGGUAUUGAAAAAAAGCAAGAGUGGAAUGGGAAUGUUCUCUAGGUCCAAAUCGGGGAGAAUUCUGACAAUGACAAAAUCGAAAGGGGCAGGAAGUGACAGUCCAAACGCGACCGCCCCAUCUACUCCUUCACCUUUGGACCAACGAGAGAUCAAUCGGAAUGAUAGUACAGGCAAAGACAAGACGGUAAAGAAGAGCAGGAGUCUUCACUUUGGUGGACUUUUCAAGAGACCAAGUGAACCUGAUCUGGCAGCGCCAAUUCCACGAGAUCUGAGCGUCCCGUUUCAACCAGCGACACCUUCACCGCUCCGGACCGUGACUCGAGCUCGCGGAAAUGACGGCAAGCUGCAAUCACAUGUCCAAGGCCGUCGUUCCAGUUCUGGUCUAUGA